AUUGCUCUCUUUGGGCAUACACACAUACCUCAGGAAACAGCGUUCUUUUGUCCGCCCCUGCUUUUGAUACUCACCAGUACGCACGAACUGUCUGCCUUCUUCAUUGCCAUUAUCACAACCAUUCAAGAUGCCACCUUUACGACCGCCGAUCUACUCGGCGCGGGACAUGCCAACGCCAUACUUGAAGCUCAGUCGAGGACUCCGGGUGUUAUGUCUUUGCCCAGCAGUAUGGGGUAUCUACAUCCAUCUUCAACAGGCAAAUGCUAUUCAGGGUCGAGAUGCUCGUGCCUUGAUGAUGAUGAAGAGCUCUGCCCUCGAUAACUAUGUCGGCAUCUUAUGGUGUACGCUGGGUGGUCUUUGGAGCUUCUGGUUGACGAACAAUUUGAUCCGCCGCUGGUUCACCCACUACGAACCUCGCCCAGCCAUGAUCCGACUCUUCACCCUCGCCGUCAUCUUCUGGUUCUCGGUCGUGUCCUUCGUCAGCUACUUUGGGGCCGACGAACCGAUCUGGCCCUGGAUGGCUAUCUGUGCCAUCCUCGCCGUCGCCCAGAUCAUCCAAACCAUCCACUUUCGCUUCCGUGGCGUCUACCGCCUCGACCCCCAGCGCAACCCCCGUGGCGUCGACCCUCGCAUGAUCAUCCUUCGAACCGUUCUCAUCCCAGGAGGCGUCGUAUCCUUUAUCACCAUGAUGAUGCUCCUCCAUCAGAAUAACACCCGACCCUCCUCCGCCGAGACUCUUGCCUCCACAGGGGCUACGGCCAUUGCUGCGAUUAACGCUGCAAAGCAGAUCAUGGGAUCCGCACAAACCCAGGUCAUGAUCCUGAUCUUGACAUCGUGGACAGAAAAAGGAUUUCACAAACGGCAAACCUUUCGAGGGACGACACUUCGGCUCCUGCCCCCAGCAUCCGCUCAGUUCGCGUUCACUUACAAGUUCAUUUUAGGAGAGGCGCCGAGUCCGAGGGCGAGAGAGUCCAUGGGACCCAGGAUCAGGGAGGAGCAGGAAGAACACGACGAUCUCUUGAUCCUGCCAGUCUCGGACACGUACGAGGAUUUGAGUUAUAAAGUCUUCAAGGCACUGGAGUGGAGCAACAAAUUCAAGUUUGAUUUCCUUUGCAAGACGGACGAUGAUAUUUUCGUGCGAUGGGAUGUGGUCGCUCGAGAGUUAAUAGAACUGGGACCGACACACUAUUACUGGCGGGGGCUGGGAUACUGGGACAUUCCACCGAUCACGAACCCGGACAACAAAAACAUCGACAACCAAUUCAAACUCGGAGUCUUCCCGCCCUUUGUCGCCGGAUCACUUUACAUCUUCUCGAGAGACGUCGUCACCCUGCUCACCUAUCCCGGACCACGGUUCUUCACCAAAAAUGAAGACCAGAACGUCGGAAUCUGGCUGUACUCCUACAACAUCAAACCCAUCCACGACAAACGCAUCCAACAGUGGGACGUAUGCGAGAACGACAUGAUCGCUAAACACUUCAGCGACGCCUUCACCCCUGUCGAAUCCAUGCAUGAGAUGUAUCGGAACGUGAUCGAACGUCGUCCUCUCUGCGAGGGCUUCCGACAAGUGUAUUGUGCUGCAUGCUAUUCAUGCCUCGGUCGGAGCAACCACUGGAAAGACUGGGGCGUCGCCUGUGACAGUGUCAAAGGAAUCACCAACCUUCAGAAAAAUGGACUCUACCAAGGAAAGCUUACCGUCGAUAUCAAGGAUCCCAUGCCGACUCUCGGCGCAAGGGACGAAUGGAUCCUGCCAGGACUCUUGACAGACACCAGCAGUAUCUAUUCGGAUUCAGACGACUGGGCAAGGCUGCACUGGGCGAUUUGGACUACGGAUCCGGUGACGACAUGGCAGCCACGACACUUCCAGGCCAUCGAGACGCUCUUUGUCCACAACCCGAAUGCCGUCCUCAUCAUCUUGUCGAAUACCCUGUCCGCGGAUUUCUUCGUGGACUAUACCCGGCAAGGAUAUCGGAUUCACAUCCUCGCCUUCUCCAAGGACCUACUCUUAAGGCGUAAGUGGUUCUUCAGCCCCAAUACCGAAGAUUGGCUCAAACGAUGGGACGAGUGGGCCGAUGCUGGCAAGUUCUUCCCCGUACACCUGGCGGACUACUUGCGAUUGGUAGCCUUGUACAAGUACGGAGGGCUUUACAUGGACAUGGAUGCACUGUGGGUACGUGCCCCAGGGGAUGGCAUGACCGAGUUCAUUGGCGCAGAUAUGUCUGAUUACGAUGGCGAUCGAGUUUGGACCUUGGACGACAAGAACACCUAUCUGGCCAACGGCGUCAUGCGGUUCCAGCGCGGCCGAUCCAUGUUCCGACACAUUGCCGACAGCUACUUUACGCUGACGAACUAUGACCCCGAGUGCUUCAACUGUGGUGGUCCCAAGGCCUUUACAAUGUACGUGAAGGCACAUCGUGCCACACUCGAGAACAAUGGCCUGAGGAUUCUACCACGCGAGGCGCUCUAUCCGUACAACUGGAAGGAGAUCGAGGCCGCGCUCAGGCCAUCCAAAAAUCCAGAGGAGGAGAUCCAACGGGUAGAGCAGCAUGGCAUUGGGCUGCACCUCUACGGUAAGGUCACGAGCAAGAAGGCAAUUGAGGACGGGAGCGUCGUCGCAGCGGCCCUCAAGGUCUGGAACCUGGAUAUCUUUCCCAACGCGCCGCUGUCCUCACCAACCCUUCAAGGGCCCGAUACACUGUACUACCCUGUUACUUCUGCGUCUUCUUCCUCGCCCCCAUCACUGUUGGUGGCGCCCCAGGGCUCGCUUCUCGAAAAGGAACCCGGCACAUUCCGUGGCAUCGACGCUGUAUUUAUUAGAGGCAUUCAUCGGUCUGCUUCCUCCUCGAACGCUCCUAUCACCAAAAAAGCGGCUGUUAUCAUCACCGUGCAAGAGGGCUUCAUUAUCUCGGAUGUCUCUGCGGCUGGCGCUCGGAGGAUCGAGAUGGAUCUGGGCGAGAACGUGACCAUGGCACAACUGAACACGGCUCUGUCGAGGAUACGAUAUGUGCCUCCAUCAAGUUCAUCUCGCAUUUGGGAUGGAUCCGAUCAAGUCAGGAUCCAGGUAUCAUUCGGCGAUAUGCAGCGAGAACUAACUAUCCCGGUCGUCCGGAGGACGAUCAAGGCGUAAUAGGAACAGCACCCUUCCCCUCCC